AUGGACAACGCAGCAAUUCAUCAUUAUCGAGCGGGCCAAGCACUGGGAGAAUGGUUGGACGACAUAGGAUGUGUUCUUUUGUAUUUACCGACAUAUUCGCCAGAAUUUAACCCAGCUGAAAACGUAUUUAAUAAGCUGAAAACAAUUCUAAGGCGAUUUGAGUACAGAGAACUGUUGCGGGACAGUCUUCAUGUGGCUGUACACCAAGCUCUACAAGAAAUUGAUAUGAAUGAUAUGAGAGGAUUUUUUAAGUUCACUGGAUACAUUAAUGUUUAA